GCCACAGGAUGUUUUUCCUUCAUGAGAGGACGUCUGAGGCUCAGUUACUGCAGCACCGUGGGAGUGCUUCAAUCAGAGGCACACUGAGGAUAUGAUGCAUUACAGUGCACGGAACCAGGCUUGACGAUAUCGGGGUACCAGAUCAGCUUUCUCUGCAGCACGCAGUCAAUGUAGUUCGCCAAAGGAGCUUGGAGUUCAAGGUGAUGAGGGAAAGCCUCGAGGCGAGUUCACAGUCUCGGUGCAAAAUUUCAAGAUGAGAGCUUGCUGGAUGUUCUUGAUGCUCCUGAGCUGCAGGUUAUCUCAUGCCACCAAGUCCCAGAACAUCUGCAACAACAACAACCAGAUCAAAAUCGUCUGUGUGCCUGCCGGAGAAGAUGUGUCUGUGUCCUGCCCAAAGUUUAAAAAGGACGAUGAAGUGAUUUUCAGCCUUUAUAAGGACAAUGAAGUGAUUUUCAACCACACGUGCGUCGGUAAAAAGGAUGCCCCAAACUGUAAACCACAAUACACCAGGGCCGGCGUGGAAAUGCGUGAGAACACGGACAAUACAUCUUUCAGUUUCAUGCUAACCAGGGUGAACGCCAGCAGCUAUGGUAUCUACGGAUGUGAGGGCGUAUGCAUGUAUCCUCCUCCCCUCGUCGAAAUUACUCUGUGGAUCAUGCUGCUUGUAGACGGACACCAAUGCAACUUCAAAGAAAACCGUACGCCUGAAACAACUAGAGAUCAAAGAGAUGAAUUUAUCUGGAUUUGGAUUCUGGGGCUUGCACUUCUUUGCCUCUACAGCCUUAUCAUCACCGCCAUUGCCAGCAUCAUCUGGGUCAAGUGGAGGAGGUCGGAUUCCCAGAGUGACUACAUUAACACCAAACCCAAAGCACACCGGGACCGCAAGAAGAAAAAAGGGGUUCAAAUUCCCAUACCACGUCACUUCUGAUCACCCCGUGCAUCACAUCAACAUUUGCACAGCCGUCCCUGUGAGUUUAGAUGCAAAACAAUGGGUUUCUUGCAGACACUUGCCCUGAACGGCACAUUAAUACAAGUGAAGUUUUGUAAAGUUCCUUUUUUAUCGUCAGUACUAGUUUGUUAUGUGUCGACAAGGCGAAAGUAGCAGUUCUUCCUUUUUACAAUUCCGGUUUGUUGAAACAAUAAAAAAAAAUAAUGUACCCAACUUCCUGUUUCGCUCACUGUUUAACACACAUACUUGUAGCUGGGAUCCUUCUUUGUGGUCGAAAGAGAUGAAUUUCUCUGGAUUUGGAUUCUGGGGCUUGCACUUCUUUGCCUCUACAGCCUUAUCAUCACCGCCACUGCCAGCAUCAUCUGGGUCAAGUGGAGGAGGUCGGAUUCCCAGAGUGACUACAUUAACACCAAACCCAAAGCACACCAGGACCGCAAGAAGAAAAAAGGGGUUCAAAUUCCCAUACCACGUCACUUCUGAUCACCCCGUGCAUCACAUCAACAUUUGCACAGCCGUCCCUGUGAGUUUAGAUGCAAAACAAUGGGUUUCUUGCAGACACUUGCCCUGAACGGCACAUUAAUACAAGUGAAGUUUUGU